AUGUCCUCCAACCCCCUCCUCCCCCUCCAAUUCCCCACGCCCGCCUCCCUCGCCGACCUUCACGAACACCUCAUCUCCGACGCCCUCGACCACCUCGCGUACCGCCCGCCGCGGAUCCUCGUCGCCCGAGCCAACGGCGCGGAUCCCGAGUCUACGUCCAACCCCAGGGCCGGCUCGUCAUCGGAUACACCCUGCAGCGGCGGCGGCGGCAGCAGCAGCACAGUCGCCUCCUUUGCGAAAUGGGACAUUGUCCGACCUCGCCGCCGUCGCCAUCCACACGCUUCUCCUCCGUUCCCUUCACCGCCGACGUCCGCGUCGGAACCCGCUCUCGGCUCGCGACGCUUAGAGUCGGGGAGGACCACAGCGGAUGCGCGGCGGCAGCUCGACGUGGGCGAUGCUCUCCUUUCGCAUCAACACCACCACCAGCAGCGAGCGGAAGGAGCGGAGGAGUUGGAGCAUGGCCAACAAACGGAGAGCGACGAUGACGAAGACGGGGAAGAGUGGCCUGCCUCGGCGAACCGAGAGUAUCUCGCCGCCUACGACUCCGCCGCAUCGACAGAACGCAGGAAGUUGAUGGGUUCGCGGCCUUUUCUCCGUGAGUCGAUUUCGGUCCUUUCCUUCUCUUGCCGCACGUCUGCACUGUGA